AUGGAAAUCGGCACAAAUACAGCAGUUAAAAACAUUUUUACCAAUACUUCCCAGUACUUCAAUAAUGUUUUAAGCUCUAUAGACCUUUCUUAUACAAACAUAAUCGAAGAAAAGAUAUCUAUGAUAAAUCAAAAUAAUUUUUCUACACAAAUCAACAUGCUUUCUGAUUUAAGUUCGCCUAAGAAAGUAAAGAAU